UUAGUAUUAAGUUAUUAACCCAAUAAAACUCCCGUCUUCUAUCAUCUAUGUAAGUACUUAUAUAGCUCUCUGGCUUGACAAAACCGCCCGCAGGCCGGCAACCUCACCCAGGACUCGGGAGUAGCCAGGACACAGAGGUCCAGGACUAUCGAUCUGUUUUGUCCUGUGAGCGUGGAGACACUAAACCGGAAGCCUCUUGGUUCAAAAAAAAACUGUAAACUGUUAACUGUUCCUUGUUUUUCACAAAAAACCAUAGUCCAGCUGAACAGAGGAGUCAACGGUAGAACUAACUGGUCGUACUGCGAGCUGUGACCAGCCAAUUGGGGAGCCACACAUGCAAGAUGGGCGGGGCGGCAGCGGAACAUCAGAGAUUCAGAAUUCUGGAUGCUCAAUGCUCAUUAUUGGCAGCUCUGUUUUUUACGGUCUGAAAAAAUUAAUAAGAGCGGUACGAGUACAAUUAUUUCCUGACUGUUCCUGUAAUAAGUCUGUAUUUGCAAUUUCAGUCAUUCAUCCGUAUUCUUUUUGGAAACGUUUCGUACCGCUUUUGCCGGGAGAUUAAUAUUAUUAACUACGAAUUUACGAAAGGAGCGCAAUCGACUAAUCACUCCUCACUGCUUUUAUUAUUCGAAACGAAGCGACAAACAUCUACGAAGUCUGCCUACCUGGAGUUGAUUUGUCGGUUUCGAAAGCGAAACACAAUGGAUCUUUACUGCUUUCCUUCCCACUCACGUUGCAGUCGGUUUUGGAUUUUUGUUGUGUGUUUGCAUCUUCUUGCUUUACUCCACGAGGUUCGCGGAAAAGACGCAGAAUGCGAAGUAUGCGUCAGCGUCUUGAAAACUUUGCGCGAAAGUCUUCCCGGCGAGGACCAGUCGAACGCAGCAAAAGUCGAAAAGAAAUUCAAAUUGGACUGCAAGGAGAAUAAACAGCCACAAGAGCACCGUUUUUGUUAUUACGUUGGAGGACUGGAAGAGAGUGCCACAUCUAUCCUGGGUGAACUUUCUAAACCCAUGUCUUGGGGAAUGCCGGUGGAAAAAGUCUGCGAAAAACUUCGAAAGAAAGAUUCUCAAAUUUGCGAUUUGAAAUAUGAAAAGCAGCUGGACUGGAAAACGUUGGAUCUCAACAAACUGAAAGUCAAAGAUUUGAAGAAGAUUCUGGGCGACUGGAGCGAAGACUGUAAAGGAUGCACAGAAAAGUCUGAAUUUAUAAAGAAAAUUAAUGAGCUAAAGCCUAAAUAUGUGAAAGAAGAACUGUGAUAUUAACAAGAAGUUUAUUAUUCUUUGUUGUAUUUCAUUUUCUGUUGGUUACCUAAGUUAUAUGGUUAUAAGAUUGUAAAUGGUUUGCUUGGUGUUUCUUAGAAGGACACGACGAAAGUUAAACAGAAAGAAAUCUUUAUUUCGGUUUUUGUCAUCGUGAAGAAAAAAACGCUGGUUUAA